AUGGCGCAAUCCCCCAGCGAUGCCGCCUCCGGCGCGAAAUCACACCACGAUAUCCUACGCCGUAUGAGCUUGUCUUCCCCGGGCCUGCAGAGGAAGAAUUCGUUGGUAGAUGUUGACCCUCGAGCUGCGAAUCCAACUCUUGGCCUCAGCGGCGGUGUUAUCUCAGCAACCUUCUGUAUUCCCCACUCCUUACAACUUAGAAGCGGCGCAGAUUGGGGGACGGGCACCCGUCGCGGCACUUCUGCCCUAUUCGACUCCUUCAAACACCUCUCAUCUGAUAAAACCCCGUGGAAUCAUACGCUCGUUGGCUGGACUGGGGAAAUAAAUGUACCCGACGACUUGACCCCACCAGAUACCCCGCCAGCAACUACCACAGCAUCACGAAUUCCGCCCCUCAACAAGAGCUCAGCACCAAUUCCAGUUGAUGUCUUCACCAAGCCAGCUGAACAGCCACAGUCUGAAGGGUUAUGGGUCAGCAAGUCGGAUCAAUCGAGACUGGAGUGGCAGCUUGCCCACGACAAAGAGUGUCGAACCAUACCUGUUUGGCUAAGUGAUGAUACCGAAGGAGACGCAGAGGGCGCGCUCUGCUUGAGAGACCAAUCUCGAUGGAGACGGUACGCCGAGCAUGAGCUUUACACGCUGUUCCAUUACAAACAGCAUGAACCAACAAAUGGCCGAGCAGAGCGUGCAUCAUGGGCAGACUAUUACCGUAUGAACCAGAAGUUCGCCAACCGCAUCCUCGAGGUCUACAAGCCAGGUGACAUUGUCAUGAUUCACGAUUACCAUCUUCUGCUGCUUCCGAGCAUGCUUCGGCUGCGAAUCCCGCAUAUGUACAUUGCUUUCUUCCUGCAUAUUCCAUUUCCUAGUAGCGAGUUUCUUCGAUGUUUACCACGGCGCAAAGACGUUUUAGAAGGUGUUUUGGGCUCAAACUUGAUUGGAUUCCAAGCACACGGAUAUUCGCGUCAUUUCGUUUCUUGCUGUACGAGAAUUUUGGGUUUCCAUUCAGACAUUACCGGUGUCGACGCAUAUGGAGCAAGAGUUACUGUUGGAGUCUUCCCCAUUGGAAUUGAUGCAGCAGGUGUUGCGAAGCUCGCAUUUGAUAAUCCAAUUAUCAACGAUCAGGUUAAAGCAUUGAGACGACUAUAUGAGGGCAAGAAGAUCAUAGUUGGUCGAGAUCGUUUGGAUAGCGUAAGAGGUGUUGCCCAGAAGUUAAUGGCUUUCGAGCGAUUCUUGGAAAAAUAUCCUGAAAUGAGGGAAAAGGUUGUUCUUCUCCAGGUCACAAGUCCUACCAGUAUUGAAGAGGAGAAAGGAGACUCGAACAAUAAAAUCGCGAACAAGGUCUCGGAACUUGUGGCUAAAAUCAAUGGCUUAUACGGCUCGCUCGGAUUUUCUCCCGUACAGCACUACCCUCAAUAUCUUUCGCAGGACGAAUAUUUCGCACUCCUUCGAGCUGGUGAUACUGGCCUCAUUACCAGUGUCCGUGACGGCAUGAACACCACUAGUUUGGAGUACGUGGUUUGCCAGAGGGAUGAUCAUGGACCACUUAUUCUCUCUGAAUUUUCUGGAACAGCAGGCAGCUUAAAGGAUGCAAUCCAUAUCAACCCAUGGGAUUUGACGGGAGUCGCGGAUGCCAUCAACUACGCAUUGACUAUGAGCGAGGAUAAGAAGAGUGCCAUGCAUCAAAGCCUUCACCAUCAUGUCACUACUCGAACCGUCCAGGCUUGGUCAAACGGCUUCCUUAAGCGUCUGCUGUCUGUUUUGAAUUCCCACAACGCAACGAUCGCCACCCCUCUCCUCGACAAAGUAGCACUCCUCACUCAAUACCGGGCAGCGAACAAGCGACUGUUCAUGUUCGACUAUGAUGGAACUCUCACUCCGAUUGUCAAGGAUCCAGCUGCAGCUCUUCCAUCCGAUAGACUCAUCCGUACCCUCAAGGCUCUUGCGACAGAUCCACGAAAUGCUAUAUGGAUAAUCAGCGGCCGUGAUCAAGAAUUCCUCCAGCACCAGCUAGGUCAUAUUCCAGAGAUAGGUUUCAGUGCGGAGCAUGGUAGUUUCAUGCGUCAUCCAGGAAGCAAGGAGUGGGAAAAUCUGGCUGAAAAGUUUGAUAUGAGCUGGCAAAAGGAAGUCUUCGACUGCUUCCAGAAGUACACUGAGAUGACCCCGGGCUCCUUCAUUGAACGCAAACGUUGCGCUCUCACCUGGCACUAUCGCCCAUCUGACCCCGAACUUGGCGCGCACAUGGCUCGCGAAUGCCAAAAGGAGCUCGAGAACACGGUAGGGAAGAAAUGGGACGUCGAAGUGAUGACCGGCAAAGCAAACCUUGAAGUUCGUCCCACGUUCAUCAACAAAGGUGAGAUCGUCAAGCGCCUCGUCGCAGCUUAUGGCCACGAUAUCGGCCAGCCUCCCGAGUUUGCUCUCUGCUUGGGAGACGACUUCACCGACGAGGAUAUGUUCCGUGCCCUGAACGCCAGCUCGUUGAACCCAAAUCACGUCUUCACUGUUACCGUCGGUGCGAGCUCCAAGAUGACGCUGGCGCAUUGGCAUCUACUCGAGCCGGCGGAUGUCAUCUCCAGUAUAGCGCUGCUAAAUGGUGGCGAUGGCAAUGUUGCCGAUCUGGGACCGUUGGCUAUAGUCGAGGGCAGGAUUCCGGAGGAGCUGCCAGGUGGUGUCAUUCCGGAUGAGAUGCCUGGUGGGAGGCUCUAA